AUGGAACUGCGUGGCGUUGCAACAGUGCUCCUGGCUCUUUUUGGUGUCCAGGCGGCUUUGUGGCCCGACCAACAUCCUCUCGAGGAGCACCUGGCCACGGAGAUCUCUGCCACGCUGCAGAAGAUGUUCACCAAUGGCUUUGCGCCCUACAAUCUAAGUGUCUUGAUUAGCACCGCCUAUGAAAAAAUGGACAGGGAUCGGGUGAUUCUGGUUCAACGAGUCCUGUAUCGAAGCUUGUAUCGACCUGGUUGCCCAGUGCCCGUCGUCAUGGCCUCUCAUUUGAGCCGGAAGAUGGCUCCCCAAGUGCUCACCCAGUUGCUCUUCGUCCAGAAUGCCGAACAGGCCAUAGCCAUUGUCAAGGACGUGGAGGGCAACAAGCUGUCCGUCGUCGUGCUGCUGACAUCCGAGCCUCCCCCGGAGCAACGUUCCAUUAUGUCCAGGAUUUUCGGUUACUUCCUGCUGGAGCGCUACAACAUCAACGUGAUGAUCCUGGUGCCCAGUUUGCAGGGCGUGCGGGCCUUCAAUGUCCUGCCGUACACGAACAGCAGUUGCGCGAGCACGGAGCCCGUGGAAAUGGAUCUCAAGCAGGCCGGUCUGUGGGACAUCUUUCCGGCGCGUCUGAAGAAUCUGCACGGCUGUCCGCUGAGCGUCAUCGUCUGGGAUAUUCCGCCCUACAUGCGGGUUCACUGGGAACGCGAGGAUCCCAUGGAGCGACUGGAGGGCUUGGAUGGUCGGCUAUUAAGGAUAUUGGCUCGAAAGAUGAACUUUACGUUGAAACUGGUGCCCAAUGAACCUGCUGGUCUCCUAGGUGGCUCCAGUUUUGUGAAUGGCACCCUGACGGGAGCCUACCAAAUGCUCCGCGAACGGAGGGCCAAUAUGACCAUAGGAUGUGCCGCCUGCACGCCGGAGAGGUCCACCUACUUGGCCGCCACGAGUCCCUACAGCCAGAUGGCCUACAUAAUUGUGAUGCGUGCAAGGAGUGGCUAUAGCAUCUACGAGGUGAUGCUGUUCCCGUUUAACCAAUACACCUGGCUGCUCCUUGGCUCUGUCUUGGGUAUUCACUGGAUCUUUGGCAGGUGGUGGCGCAUGCCCUCACCUGUUCUCGCCGGUUGGAUGCUCUGGAUCUUUGUGAUCCGUGCCAGUUACGAGGCAUCGGUUUUCAAUUUUAUACACAACGCCCCGGUGAAGCCAUCGCCGCAAACGCUGGAGCAAACUUUGGCGGGCGGCUUUCGGUUCAUCACCGAUCACGCCACCUAUCGGAUGACACUGAAACUACCUGCCUUUCGGGGGAAAACUAGCAUUACGCCGGGGCAACCGGUGGACGUUUUCGAUGCCCUCUUGAAGGCCCCUUGGAAGACGGGCGCCUUCACCAGUCGCGCCUUUCUGGCCGAUCACCUGGUCAAGCAUCGGGCGCAUCGCAAUCAGCUGCUGAUCCUGGCCGAGAAGAUCGUCGACAACAUGCUGUGCAUGUACUUUCCCCACGGCUCCUACUUCGCCUGGGAGAUCAGCAACCUGCUCUUCAAUAUGCGCAGCUUCGGCCUCUUCCAGCACCACUCGCAGAUCCUCGCCUGGAACAGCAUGCCCACCACCUCGGAUGCCCCGGGGAGGUCACUGCAUUCCGCCCGCGAGAGCCUGGCCACGGGCUUUGCCGAGUCCAUGGGCUUCGUCCUGGCCGCCCUGAAUUGCCUGAUGGCCGCCCUCUGCCUUUCCAUCGGCGUCUUUGGCCUGGAGCUGCUCAGCCAGAGGCGCCGCUGGCCGGGAUUAGCCUGGCUAAUGGAGAGGAUCUGA